AUGGGACCGAAACUCCGAAAUAUCAAGGUCCAAUGUGGCUGUGACAGCGUGCUUUGGAUAAAUGUGGUUGUUGCAGCCGCCCGCAUCAAAGCGUACCACGAUGAUCUGCGGCAAAAAUUCCCCAACAUCGAGAACAUCCUCGAACUGGACAGUCUACGGGAGAUUGCGCAGGAGCACUUGAUCAAUUCUGUGACCCCGAAGAUCAUCUUUGAUCUGCUUUGUAGGUAUCGUCACUUCUCGGCAACCGAUCCAAAGGACAAGCUUUACGCUUUCUGCAAUAUGUUCUGCAGACUUCCGUCUGAGCGCGUUGCUACUAGAUACGAUGCCGAUCUGAAGGAUAUCUAUAUCAAAUUUGCAGUCGACCGAUUGUUGGCCGAGUCCAACUUGGAGAUUUUACGCCACUGCGGCCCUUCAGCACACAGCCUACCUUCGUGGGUUCCAGAUUGGUCAGUACCACUUGGGGUGCAGCCGUUACCACUCAGAAAACUGCAGCGAUACUUCCAGGUACCUUGGUGGGCCAAUCCAAUCAGACGCGGAUCUCACAGAUACAUGGCCAACCAUAAUAUUGUGCACGGUUCCAAUGUCCAGUACCAUCUCGGUCCAUAUACCAGAGACCCUUUUGAGGCAGAACGCCAGCGACAGCUUGAAUUGAAGCAGCUGGAGAUAGCCGCUAAAGGAUAUGGUAUAGUCCAGGACUUGCAGGAGAUUCCGCCGGACUUCACUUUUCAUAAAAGCCCAUGCACAUUCCAGGACCAGAUUCAGGAGCUACUCAAACAGGGCAAUCUCAUCUUCUCAGUUCAGGACGAGCGUUGUUUGCCUCCCGAGUCCGAAUUUUUCGGAACGGAUCAACCGGAUGCAGUCAAGCAAGGAGAAAUUAUAACAGAGCGCCGCAUUAAAGGGUGGAUUCUGCGGGAACUGACAGAACUCGGAGCCAACGCACAGUAUCAGACCGCACAAGGUACCAGAGCAGAUAUCAGGAUCAAUCAGCAUGAAUCAACCUUACAAGUCAAAGGCAUUCUUUGGGAAACGAUCGACAUAUGUCACGAAGGCUUUGUUGAAGAUCUUGAUUUAGAUUGGAAGAAUGCUACACGAUUCAUGGUUGGUGUUGGAUCCUGUAAGGCUCUUGCCUUAAGUCACAAGUCAGCAGCUGAGCGCUAUCCGACUCUAUUAGAACGCCUGACUGUGUUCUGGUCGACAUUAUUUGCCGGUCAGGUCGCGGAAUCUGACUCAACUGAUGAGCAAGAGUCGCUUCAACGACUUCGCUACACAGAGUGGCUGCCUGAGAUCCCCCCAGACUGGGUUGCUGGUACCCCACCACUGACUGCGACAACUACAGGCCUCGUCGAUAUAGCCGAGAGUGGGAAGGCAAUAGAGUGCUGCAUGAACAAUUUUCAAGCAGACGGCGGCGGUGGUGAGCCUCUAAAAUCUAGUUUCUCAAUGAUUUCCGAGAAGAUAUUUAAUCCAGAGCAAUGGCCAGAUGCCGAGAGAGAAUCACAGGGCUGA